GUCACUCUGAAUGGCAGUGUAGCUUGAGGUGCGCGAGAGAGAGUACGGUGCGUCGUAUCAUCUUUUUGUCUGUGUGUCAGCUCGAAACCAAAGAAGAUGGAAUACCACAAGCUAGACAGUUUAAGAGUCACAUGCUUAAUAUUAGGCGUUAUAAUUUUCGCUAAAGAUGCGAACUGCUUGGAUUGCUACCAGUGCUCGAGCAGCGAAGAUGCCUUCUGUCCUGAGCAGUUCCACGCAGGAUACCACCAGGGGCGCGAGGCGUCCUUCGAAGCCGAGUCCUGCAGCCACGUAUUCGAAGCACGCUACUGCGUCAAGACCACCGGCAUGUUCGAAGGAGAGCUGGGCACCAAGAGGUUCUGCUCGGCCCGAGACUGGGGGAACUACUGCGAGUGGGUGCAGCGCCCUGGGGACGAGCGCGAGUACCGGGCCUGCGUGUACACCUGCGGGCUCAACGGCUGCAAUGGUGCCACCACUCUCGCUCUAUCUUCCGUGCUUCUGAUGCUCCUAGUGCCAAGCAUGUACCUGUGCAGGGCUACUCUGAUGUCUUAGAACAUUUCAGGGUAUUUUAUCUGACCAAAGCAAGAUCACCACAGUGUUUAGGUGAAUUGCCAAGUCUACAAAUGUGAAGUUUUAAGUGUGAUCUCCCGAGACUUUUUUGUGGUCUUUGUAGUAUAGCUGUGAUGAAGAUUCUGAAUCACGUGGAAAUGUUUGCCCUUUAAUCCCAGUCCCUAUUUAAGUGUACUUAGUCAAGAACAUAGGGACGCAGAAAUUCAUAUACUUAAUUCAAGAAGUCUUUGUUUAUAUAAAUGUAAAUAUAUUUGAGUACUUGUGGCUUUAUAGAGCUAUGUAUAAAUGCAUUGAUUCUGAGGGUUUAACAGUCAGACCUUCUUGCUAUUUACAAGUAACUGUAUAUAGUUGUGAAAGAAUAGCACGUUUUGAUUACAUAUCAUAUUAAAGUACAUUGUUUAUACUAGGGAGAUGAAAAGCAAUAUAAUUCACAUCUAAGUGCAAAGUUCAACAUACAUCAGUGAUAGAAAAGAUAAAAUGUUAUUUCACAUUGUAAACUAUUUUUAUAUAUGUGCAUAACUAUAAGCUACUCUCUUUGAUAUGCAAGCAGUAUCAUGCAUUUGAUAACUGAGGUAUUAUUUGUAAUUUUCAAAGUCCUUUUAAGGAUCCCACUAGAAUAUUAUACGAGUUAUGUCAUCCUUUUAAUGGAGAUUUUGUUCUUCCUUUUAAUGUAGGCAUAAGACUGUAUGCUACACCAGCGUGGUAUUGCGAAUAUCUUUAAUUUAACGUUGUGACAGUGUUCUCUGUGAACUGAAUGGUGAUGCUACAAAACUAAUACGUAUAUUUAAGCAUAUCAAAGAGUAGUAAGAUUAUUAUGGCCAUUUUCACAAACAUAUUGUAUAGAACAAAGUUUUCAUAUAACUUUGUUGUAUAUAACUAGAUAUCGAUUACUUAAUGAAAGAUGGAUGAUUAUGAUAUUUUUUAACAGAAUGACUGUAGCAGGAGUGUUCCUUUCUUGUAGCAAGUGUUUAUCAUAGUACGUUCAGUGCAUUGCAGUGUAUGAUGUAAUUUUCUUCAGUGGUCUUGUAUUUCUUUUUACUUAAACACUUAAAGCUGGCUAAGAAAUGUAUAUUUUUUGUGGUUUCAAGGGCCACAGGCCCCUAAGUUCACUUUUUUAUCUUCUUUUCUCUUUUUUUUUUAUCAGUGGCGUAGCUAAAGAUCUGGGGGUCCGGGGGAUAGCUUCCAUAAGGGGCCUCCUAAUGUUUUUUUUAUUUUUAUAUCUAUAGGCGUCAUUUAGGGGUCCUUAAGUUUCUGAACUUUACUUUACCCCCCUCCCCCCCCAUCCUCAACCUUCACCUCUUUACUCCAUUUAUUUAUUUGUUUGCCCCCCCCCCCUUCCAUCGUGUGACCGAGGGACGAUGUAAAGUCGGCCCCACGCACCCCCCCCCCCCCAUUCCUACUACGCCAUUGGUGUUGAUGGUCGAUUCAGCUGUACAGGAAAUCGGCAUUAGUGACAAAGCGUUUCACUAAUCAUUUUGUAUUAAUUAUGUGUGUGUGUAUGCAUUCUUAUUUACUUGUUGCAUAUAAUAUUGUUUUUUUAUACCAAGUGUCAAGGUCUUACAAAUGUUAUGGAAUGUGUGUUUUUUUGUUUUUGUUUUUUUUGUUUUUUUACUGUGAUGAUCAAUAGAUAAAACUGCUAAGGCGUAUACAGCGUGCAUUAUUUUAUGUUUGAGGAAAGAAUGCGCAAUAAAACUCCAUACCAAAUUUGAAUGUAAUUUUUUUGAGAUGCUUGAAAAAUGUUUUAUGUUUUUUUUUUUUUUUUUUUUUUUUUUUUUUUUUUUUUUUGUAGAAGACAGUCGAGUUCACUGCGUGAAUCUCCUGAGUUUCUGUUUUUUAAUUCUCUUCCAUUGAAUUUUCUUACCCAGUCCAGAGCCAGGGCUUUGUUAAACCUCUGCAGGAAAUUUAUGCUUCCAAAAGCACCAGGAUUAAAUGUUCUUAUUGAUAACAAAGAGUUUAAAAUUUCAUCCUAUUCUUAAUGAAAGAUAAUGGAACUUUAUUUUUUCAGACAACUGAAUUAUCUUCACUACCAGAAACUAACAAUUGUUUAUGUAUUAUAGUUAUAACAAAAAAGAAAAAUGUAAUGAUAUACAUGUUUGUAAGUUGCUGUUUAAAGGGAAAAAAAGGAAAUAGAUAUCCCAAACACAGUUUAAGUGUCUGGCUAGCAAUGAAAAGGAGGCACUGGGCUCUAUAUUAUGAUGUGGUAUACGUUAUAAUGCUUGUACUUCCCAAUUGCUCUGUCACAUCUAAACAAUAUACUCACCGAGUGUGUUUACCAAAGAAAUAAGAUCAUUUUUGUACUUUUUGACUACCAUUUUUUUCCAACUUGACCAAUGUUCUUAGUCAAUAUCGUCUUUCCUCCAUGUUCGUCAUGAAUACAUCGAAUAUUAUGUAAAACAUUAGUGUAUUUCUUUCUCUCAUUAUAUUGAUCAGAAAAGAUGACUAACGUGGAUAUACUUUAGUUAUAUGUGUAGAUACUUGCGCAAAUAAGUAUCCAUGUUAAUGAUGUAUUUACUUACUAUUUUGUUUUAAGUGAAUAAACACCUUUUGGCUAAUCUUAGGGUGUCUUAAUUUGUA